AUGAAANAAAAGGUUCCUCUCGACGAUAUCCGGCUUAAAGGGCGUUGCUAUAAUGAAGGAGGUCGUUUUGAUAAGCAUAAGGACGCCGUCAUUAUCGUUGGACAGCGUUUUGGAGACAAAGAAGAACUUCUUUGCAUGUUGCGAUUGAUGGCUCUGGUUCACAGAUUCUCUUUCCAUGUCUUCAAGUCUACUCCAGAACUAUUUGUUGCCAUUUGCAACGUCCAAGGUUGUGCCUGGCGAGUCAGGGCGGCUGUGAAGAACGAACCAACCGCGUUUUGGGUCACAAAGUACGUAGACACUCAUACUUGUUCCGUUGUAGACCGUAUAGCUCACCGUAGGAGCUGUACAGCAAAAUAUAUCGGAGCUUUAUUCAUGGAGAGGGUUGGCAUUAUUGAGGGAAUAGUGCCUCAACACAUUGCUAUAUCUAUGAAAGUGAUGUUUGGUUUGAAACUCAGUUAUACCUCGUCAUAUAGGGCUUUGAAAGCUGCUCAAGAAUACGUUCGAGGGACAGCGGAAGAGGGAUAUGCGAACUUGGCUUCAUAUUUGCAAAGAAUCAAAGAAGCAAACCCAGGAACUAUUACUGACCUUGUGCGAGAUGGGAUGGAUCGAUUCAUGUACUGUUUCGUAUCGUUUAGAGCUUCAAUAGUAGGUUUUCAGUACGUAAGGCGAGUGAUUGUUGUUGAUGGUACACAUCUGACUGGGAAGUAUGGUGGAGUUCUUCUUGUCGCAGCUGGUCAGGAUGGCAACUUCCAAGUCUUCCCCUUGGCUGUUGCUGUUGUAGAUGCAGAGAAUAAUGAGUCUUGGGGGUGGUUUUUCAACAAGUUGAAAAGUUGCUUCACUGAGGAUUUCCCACUGGUCAUAGUCUCUGAUAGACACCCAGCUAUCGCCAAUGCAAUUGAAAGUGUCCUGCCAUGGGCAACAAGAGGUAUAUGCUACUAUCAUAUGCAAAAUAACAUAAUUGGAACUUACCACGCGAAAGAAAUCAUGUAUAUGGUCAAAGGUGCUGCAUAUGCGCACACGGUGGACACUUACAACUGGUAUAUGGAUCAAAUACGAGCUGCAAAACCGGCGCUUGCAACGUACUUGGAGGGAGCCGAUCCGAGCUUGUGGUCACGAGUUCACUGCCCAGGAGAAAGAUACAACCUAAAGACUAGCAAUAUCGCGGAGUCGAUUAACGCCAUGGUGAAGAAAGCCAAAGAUUUUCCAAUACCUUUUCUCUUAGAGUUUAUCAGAGAGAGGUUGAGCCACUGGUUCCUCAAGAGGCGUGAAAAUGCUCUAGGUCUCACCACCGAUCAUAGCAAAGGAGUUGAAUACUUGUUGUCUAUUCGUGAGUACUAUGCAGGUUUUAUGGACGUGGAGCGCAUAGAUGAUUGGCAUUUCCAAGUUAAGUCUACAUCAGGAUACUAUAACGUCGAUCUUGAGCUCCGAACGUGCUCUUGUGGUGUGUUUGAUAUUGAAAAGAUACCAUGUUCGCACGUCAUUGCUGCAAUUACAAUGGCUGGAUUGUCAGUCUCCGAUUAUGUGAGUCCGGCUUACAAGAGGAACACCUGUCACUCAACGUACGCGCAUCCACUUUUUCCUCCUCCUUCCAGAUUCUCCUCCGUGAAGAAGGAACGUUGCCGUCCUCCUAAAGAAAAACCCACUCCUGGUAGGAAAAAGAAAUCUAGGUGGCAAAGCUGGUUAGAAAUGGCAAGAAAGAGGAAGCAUAAACCGAGGAAGAUGCCAAAAGCGUACACAUGCUCUAAGUGUAGAUUACCAGGUCAUACUCGUCCAAAAUGCGUAAGUGAAACCACUUCUCUAUUCAUCCUGGUACAUAAAUUUUCAAAAAACUUAUAG